CCGGGGCCCAAGGAGCGAGCGCAGAAGGGUUUUACUCCCUGCAGAAGAGAAGAACCUUUGCCCCGCCGCCGCCGCCGCGGCGCCCAGCAAGCUUGUAUAUUCGCUCAGCCUCUCUCUCUCUCUUCUCCUUACCCAGCCGCCUCGUGCCCUCGUCCUCUCCCGUCUCCGACUGCGCCGCCGCCCCCUCCCCCAGCCUCGCUUCGCUCCCGCGGGGAUGGAAAACCGCGAUGGUUCCUCACUGCCAGACUUUCUUGAGCUCCAGCGCACCCGUGUUCUCUGCAAGGCCGAUGCCCCCACUCAUACAGAAGGGUUUCAAUACUCGGGUGCUUUUGCUGCUAUGGGAGUUGAUACUAGUGUUUCAGUUGAGAAGUUCUGCAAGAACUUUAAAAUCGAGAUAAAUCGACUUACAGAUGAGGAUAUGGAGUUUGAUAUGAUUGGCGUUGAUGCAUCGAUAGCUAAUGCUUUCCGGAGAAUCCUCAUUGCAGAGGUUCCUACAAUGGCCAUUGAGAAAGUCUUCAUGGUUGACAAUACCUCAGUUAUAGCAGAUGAGGUCCUUUCACACCGACUAGGCCUUAUUCCACUUGAUGCUGAUCCAAGGCUUUUUGAUUAUAUCUCUGAUGAUGUCCCAAAUGAAAGGAACACUAUUGUGUACAAACUGCAUGUUUCAUGUGAAAAGGGUUCCCAAAGGCUUACAGUUAAGUCUGGUCAAUUGGAGUGGUUGCCAGAAGGCAGUCAAUUAACUAUGGCAUCUCCUGCGCAAUCUGGGGACAAUCAGAGGACCUACACAUCCUUUGGUCAAAGCCAACAGAAUACCUCUGAAAGGCCUCUCGGUGUGAAGUAUAAUGACAUAACAAUUGCCAGGCUUGGGCCAGGACAGGCUAUUGAGCUUGAGGCACAUGCUGUUAAGGGAGUGGGGAAAGUUCAUGCGAAGUGGUCUCCAGUUGCUACAGCCUGGUACAGGAUGCUCCCCGAGGUUGUUCUUCUCAAAGAAAUUAAAAAUGGUGAUGCAGAGGAGCUAGUGAAAAGAUGCCCAGUUAAUGUUUUUGACAUUGAAGACCUGGGAAAGGGGGAGAAGAGAGCAGUUGUUGCAAAGCCAAGAUCAUGCACCCUUUGUAGGGAAUGUGUCAGACUGGCUGACGAUCAAGUAGAGCUACGGCGUGUUAGAGACCACUUCAUUUUUACAAUCGAGUCCACCGGAGCUCUUCCGCCAGAGGUGCUCUUCACAGAGGCCGUGAAGAUCCUUGAGGAGAAGUGCGAGCGAGUGAUAUCCGAACUUUCCUGAGCCUGAUAUAAAGUUUUCAAUACUGUUCUGAUGUAGUGAAACUUCUGUAUCCAAUAUUCUGGAGUCACAUUCAGCUAAUUUAUUACUGAGCUGGUAUAUGCAGCAGUCCUUUCUUCGGCA